AUGGUUAACGUCAAUAGACUUAUUAGUAUAGCAACCUAUGAUAUCGGAACCAAUACAUUGAAUAUGAGACGAAAAUGCAAAAGUGACCGCCGUUUAGACGGUAAGGUAGUUGUGAUUACCGGCGCCAACACUGGUAUCGGAAAAGAAACGGCUUUACUUCUCUCGAAACGCGGUCCAAAGAUAUACAUGGGUUGUCGUAAUAUAGAGAAAGCUGAGUCGGCUAUCAAUGAUAUCAAAACGGCUAAUCCCGGCGCAGACAUAGUAGCACUUAAACUGGAUUUGGCGUCAUUGAAGUCUGUCCGACAGUUUGCUAGUGAACUAAAGGAAAGGGAGUCAGUGAUCGACAUAUUGAUCAAUAACGCCGGUAUUAUGGCCUGUCCUGAAUGGAAGACAAAGGAUGGCUUUGAGAUGCAGUUCGGCACUAAUUAUUUGGGUCCGUUUCUACUAAACAUGUUACUAUUGCCCCAACUUAAACAAUCAUCAGGAGUCGCACGUAUUGUUAAUGUGUCGUCCAGUAUGCACGCUGUAGGCCGUAUCAAGUUUGACAACCUUAAUCUAGUUAACGGUGCCUACAAUCCUACCCGUGCCUACGGUCAAAGUAAACUGGCAGUAGUGUUGGCCACACGAGAAAUGGCCCGUCGAUUGGGACCCAAAAGUACUGUAAACUGUUAUGUCCUGAAUCCCGGUGCCGUCAAAACGGAACUCCAGCGACACAGUAGUGCAACAAAAAUGAUGGACUCGUUGUUUAUUACGCCUGAAUUGGGAUCUCAGACCACACUCUACUGUUCAUUGGAUGAGUCGUUGGACAAGGAAUCGGGUUUUUAUUACGAUAAUUGCAAACGUGUGGACAAAAUGGUCAAAGAGGCGACCGAUGAUUUGACGGCAAACAAAUUAUGGGACAUUACUUGCGAUUUGGUUGAUAUCGACAAACAUUUAAAAAUUUAA